GCUGUAAUUUCUUCUGGGCUCGCCACAACCUUCUUCCCUCUCCUCCGCAAUACAGCAGUUACCGGGUCCUGGGGCUGUCCUUUGAUUUCCGGAAAUGGCCAGUCGCCAGUGUUGUCAGAGUUUCCACGGAAGACUGCGCGCUACUCCGGCCAGGAGGGCGGAGCGGCGAGACGCUAGAGGCCGUGCGCUGGGUGACGACUUCGGGCACGUUCUACGGCCGUUCAUCUGGUCGGCUGGGGACGGCGGCCGCGCACGCGCGGCGGGGGGCAUGGGGCGUGGGGCUGGGCCCAGCCGGACGCGACCGCAACCUGCGGCGCCUGACUGCCGGUAGGCGGCCGUGUGUGUGCGCCGCCGAGUCGGUGGGGCGGGGACGCGAGGUGUGGAUGGGGGCUCUCCUUGACCUCUGGCUUAGCUAGUAGCGCAACCUCGGCCUCGCAGUUACGGAGAUGGUGCCCUGGGUGCGGACGAUUGGGGAGAAGCUGAAGCAGCGGCUGCGGCUGGACGUGGGACGCGAGAUCUGCCGCCAGUACCCGCUGUUUUGCUUCCUGCUGCUCUGUCUCAGCGUCGCCUCCCUGCUUCUUAACAGGUAUAUUCAUGUUUUAAUGAUCUUCUGGUCAUUUGUUGCUGGAGUUGUCACAUUCUACUGCUCACUAGGACCUGAUUCUCUCUUACCAAAUAUUUUCUUCACAAUAAAAUACAAACCCAAGCAGUUAGGACUUCAGGAAUUAUUUCCUCAAGGUCAUAGCUGUGCUGUUUGUGGUAAAGUGAAAUGUAAACGACAUAGGCCUUCUUUGCUACUUGAAAACUACCAGCCAUGGCUAGACCUGAAAAUUUCUUCCAAAGUUGAUGCAUCUCUCUCAGAGGUUCUCGAAUUAGUGUUGGAAAACUUCGUUUAUCCGUGGUACAGGGAUGUGACAGAUGAUGAAUCCUUUGUUGAUGAACUGAGAAUAACAUUACGGUUUUUUGCAUCUGUCUUAAUAAGAAGGAUUCACAAGGUGGAUAUUCCAUCUAUUAUAACCAAGAAACUAUUAAAAGCAGCAAUGAAGCAUAUAGAAGUGAUAGUUAAAGCCAGACAGAAAGUGAAAAAUACAGAGUUUUUACAGCAAGCUGCUUUAGAAGAAUAUGGUCCAGAGCUUCAUGUUGCUUUGAGAAGUCGAAGAGAUGAAUUACACUAUUUAAGGAAACUUACUGAACUGCUUUUUCCUUAUAUUUUGCCUCCUAAAGCAACAGACUGCAGAUCUUUGACUUUACUUAUAAGAGAGAUUCUGUCUGGCUCUGUGUUCCUUCCUUCUUUGGAUUUCUUAGCUGAUCCAGAUACUGUGAAUCAUUUGCUUAUCAUCUUCAUAGAUGACAGUCCACCCGAAAAAGCAACUGAACCAGCUUCUCCUUUGGUUCCAUUCUUGCAGAAAUUUGCAGAACCUAGAAAUAAAAAGCCAUCUGUGCUGAAGUUAGAGUUGAAGCAAAUCAGAGAGCAACAAGAUCUUUUAUUUCGUUUUAUGAACUUUCUGAAACAAGAAGGAGCGGUGCACGUGUUGCAGUUUUGUUUGACUGUGGGUGAGGCUUACCUGUGUAUUUUAAGAAAAGGAAUUUAAUGAUAGAAUUUUACGACCAGAAUUAUCAAAUGAUGAAAUGCUAUCUCUUCAUGAAGAGUUGCAGAAGAUUUAUAAAACAUACUGUUUGGAUGAAAGUAUUGACAAAAUUAGAUUUGAUCCCUUCAUUGUAGAAGAGAUUCAAAGAAUUGCUGAAGGCCCAUACAUAGAUGUUGUGAAACUUCAAACUAUGAGAUGUCUUUUUGAAGCAUAUGAACAUGUCCUUUCUCUUUUGGAGAAUGUAUUUACUCCUAUGUUCUGCCAUAGUGAUGAGUAUUUCAGACAACUUUUAAGAGGUGCAGAAUCACCAACACGCAAUUCAAAAUUCAACAGAGGUAGCCUAAGUUUGGAUGAUUUUCGGAACACACAGAAAAGGGGAGAAUCAUUUGGAAUCAGCAGAAUAGGUAGCAAAAUUAAAGGAGUAUUCAAAAGUACCACAAUGGAGGGAGCUAUGUUGCCUAAUUAUGGUGUAGCUGAAGGUGAAGAUGAUUUUAUUGAAGAAGGUAUUGUUGUAAUGGAAGAUGAUUCUCCAGUGGAGGCUGUGAGCACACCUAAUACUCCCCGAAACCUUGCUGCAUGGAAAAUUAGCAUUCCAUAUGUAGACUUUUUUGAGGAUCCCUCCUCUGAAAGGAAGGAGAAAAAAGAAAGAAUUCCUGUGUUUUGUAUUGAUGUUGAAAGAAAUGAUAGAAGAGCAGUUGGACACGAACCUGAACAUUGGUCUGUCUAUAGAAGAUACCUUGAAUUCUAUGUACUUGAAUCAAAACUAACAGAAUUUCAUGGUACAUUUCCUGAUGCCCAGCUUCCUUCUAAGAGGAUCAUUGGCCCCAAAAAUUAUGAAUUCUUGAAGUCUAAGCGGGAAGAGUUUCAAGAAUAUCUACAGAAACUUCUGCAGCAUCCAGAACUAAGUAAUAGUCAACUUCUGGCAGACUUUCUUUCCCCUAAUGGUGGGGAAACACAAUUUCUUGAUAAGAUACUACCAGAUGUAAAUCUUGGGAAAAUUAUAAAAUCUGUUCCUGGAAAACUAAUGAAAGAGAAAGGUCAGCAUUUGGAACCUUUUAUCAUGAAUUUUAUUAAUUCAUGUGAAUCUCCAAAGCCUAAACCAAGUAGACCAGAACUGACCAUUCUCAGCCCUACUUCAGAAAACAACAAGAAGCUUUUCAAUGAUCUGUUUAAAAAUAAUGCAAACCGUGCUGAAAAUACAGAGAGAAAGCAAAAUCAGAAUUAUUUUAUGGAGGUGAUGACUGUAGAAGGAGUCUAUGAUUACCUGAUGUAUGUAGGACGGGUAGUUUUCCAGGUUCCUGACUGGCUUCAUCAUCUCUUAAUGGGAACUCGAAUCCUCUUUAAAAACACCCUGGAAAUGUAUACUGACUACUAUCUUCAGUGUAAACUAGAACAGCUAUUUCAGGAGCACCGUUUGGUCUCACUCAUAACACUUCUCAGAGAUGCUAUAUUCUGUGAAAACACUGAACCUCGUUCUCUCCAAGAUAAGCAAAAAGGAGCAAAACAGACUUUUGAAGAAAUGAUGAAUUACAUUCCAGAUCUGUUAGUCAAGUGUAUUGGUGAAGAAACCAAGUAUGAAAGCAUCAGACUUCUGUUUGAUGGCUUACAGCAGCCAGUACUCAACAAGCAGCUGACUUAUGUUUUAUUGGACAUUGUGAUACAGGAACUGUUUCCAGAGCUCAAUAAGGUACAAAAGGAAGUUACCUCUGUGACAUCUUGGAUGUAAACACUUGGAUUUGGUAUAGAAUAACCCAUUGAAAUUUCUGCUGUGCUAGGGUGGUAUAAGUGUACUUUUUUGGGUAUAUUCUUAUAUAUAUUAUGUACAUUGCUGUCUGAAAUUUUAAUUAUUUUUUGUUUUUAAUAAAGACUAACAUAAACUUAAUAAUGAUUAAAAGUGAUUGAGUCUCAUAGCCUGUCAUUUGCUAGCUAUGAUCCAAAUUUUAUUAGAACAUACGUCACUUGUUAUUGCCAUUUUUAAAAGAGAAAAUUCGUAAUGAUAGGGCAAACAGAUAAGACUGAUAAACUUCGUAUUGUAUAACUUUGAAAAUAAUUAUGCCUAGUAUGGAGAAACAGGAGUAAGAUCUGAUUUUCUUAUGUAGAGUUAAUAUAUUUUAGUAGAUUGGUUUUCCUUUUUUUAUUUUGUACAUAGUUAACUGUGUAUCUAUAAAUAAAACAUCCUGUAUGAGUUUUUCAUAAUAAA